UUUUUUGCUUGUUGCAAAAGUUGUUUGUUGUAUGUAGGUUUUGCUCAAGUUAUUGUCACAAGAGGAUCGGAUUAGAUAUCGUCGCGUUUUUGUUCCCCAAGGAAGAAGAGAGAAACAAAACAGCGAAGAAGAAAAGAAAAAUGGCAGACACAAACACCAUCAAACCCGCAACAGCAGCGACAUCAGCAAAUCCUAUAAACCUCCAACUCGACUCGCCCCUCCUCACCCUCCCUCCAGAGCUCAAAAACAUAAUCUACGCCUACGCCCUCACCGCCUCAUCUACUUCCGCUUCCACAUCCACAUCCACAUCUACAUCACGCACCAGCACUGCUACAACCACCACCCCAGCAUUCAUCGACGCAAUCCCCGGUUCCCCGCCAUCAUCCGCAACAGCCCCGCCGCAAACAGGCAUAGCACUGCUGCGCACAUGCCGCAGACUCCACCACGAAGUCGACCGACGUCCCCUAUUCAGCCAAAACAGAUUCCAAUUCACGACGCUCGCCAGCCUCCGCGGAUUCUACCGCGCGUUAGGCGACGACUACGGACCUCUUGUGCGGGACAUUGAGAUUGAUGUGCGGGACCUGGAGCUAUGGAAGCCGCGGGAGAUGGGCGAGUGGGUGGAGUAUCUAUCGUCUGUUGCGCGGGGGUGGGACAAUACCACUUCGCGUUCUGGUGCACAGGCAAGGGGGAAGAAACUGCAGUGCUUGAGGCUGAAUUUCGAGUCGUGGCCGGUGCAUAAGACGGAGAGGAGGCUGAUGUGGAAUGCGUUGGUCAUGUUUUUUAUCAAGAUGCGGUUGGAUGGGCUGGAUGUGGAGAGGGUUGUGAUUGUGGGGGCUAGCAAAGGGGUUGGCAUGGCGAAGCGGGAGCCGUGGUCUCAAGUGCAUUUCGUGGGGUCCGACGAUGUUGGGCCGCCCGAGUUGGUGAGAUAUAUGUGGGAUGUGGUGGGACAGGACAAAGAGUUGAGGAAAGUGGUUAGGUGGGAGAGGAGGGAUGGGAAGCUGUAUUUGGAGGUUGUGUCUGUCAAGUAUCUGGUGGAACGUGUCGACCCCGACUGGACUGGACCUUGCACGCGGAAAUCGAACGCUGACCCGUGGCCUGAGAACGGAUCUUGUACCUGGUCUGCAUACCAGCAUCGCAAUCUGGACAUCACCGAGCCGAACGCGUAA